AAUUACUCCCUGAUAAUAAAUAACAUUCAUUAAUGAUAUUUAGAAUAAAUGAAUAUUAAAUUUCAUUACCACUAUUUCAAAAAUUAUAAUUAUCUAAAGCUUUGCCAUGAAAACUUGCCUAUUCUAAAAUUGCUGUUGAAAUAAUUGCAGCAUUUUUUUUGUAUUUCACAGUCAGCAUUGUUUUAAGAUUUAAGUUGCGUGUAUAUACAAUACCAAUAAAAUAAAUUGACGAAUGUAAUCCUUUAUUGUUGUUAAAGUGCUAACAAUAAGACACAAAGUGAUACAAUCAAAGCCCCAUCAUAAUUUUCAGUGUUUUUUAAUAAAAUGUGAAAAUAUUUGAAUACUCGUGAUAUUAGCGUGAUGAUCAUAGUGAUUUAGCCAGUAUCAUUUUUUAUAAAACAUUAUUUUUACUCACUUUUAAAUAACUAGCAUAUUCAUUUUUGUUAUCAAACCUUGCUAACUCAUAAUCAAUAAGUUUUUUUGUCAACAAAUACUCAUGUCUGGUAUAAUGUCUAUGAAGUAACCAGUUAUGGCUUUCUAUCGCCAAUAAAUCAGAAUGAAGAAUCCAAAAUUUAGAAGUUAUAUGUUCCAAACACAAGAGAGCGACACUGAUAUAGUGGUAUUCGUACCCUCCAAGUAUCCAAAAUACCUUCAAAAAUUAAUUUCUCUUGAUCGUUUUUCGAACAGGUCAAUCAAUAGAAUCUUAAAAAUGUGGAUGAAUGAUUGAACGAAAUGAAUGAAAUUGUUCCUACAUAUCUUAUACAAACUUAGAAAAACCGACUGAAUCGACAAAUUUAUGACAAAAAAGUACGAAUACCUUUGUUAAAAUAAUGGCAAAUACAGCUCAUCUGAUGCGAAGACAAAGUUCGCGGGAUCUGAAACCUCAAAAGAGUGUUGAUCGGCUUGAGAUGAAAGAAAUGCGUGGAAGAUUAGUUUCAGAUAACCAUCAAAAUAAUCCUACCAACUAUGGAACUACUAAUCCCGCCUUCGAUGACUCUAGCUCUAAUAAAAAGUCUUUACAGAGUACGAAAGUAAAUACAACUAGUAGUGCUAUCACUGAAAAUGAAGUAUUAAAAAUGGGUAGCACUGAUGAGAAGGCUAUAUUUCGCCCAGAAGCAGGAGAAGAUGAUCGAGAAAAUUGGGAUAGCAAAUUAACAUUUCUAUUAGCAACUAUUGGUUACGCUGUUGGAUUAGGGAAUGUUUGGAGAUUUCCAUAUUUAGCACAAAAAAAUGGAGGUGGUGCAUUUUUGAUACCAUAUUUUGUUAUGCUCGCGAUCGAGGGAAUUCCAAUCUUUUAUCUAGAGCUUGCUAUUGGUCAAAGACUCCGAAAAGGUGCUAUUGGAGUUUGGAGUCAGGUAUCACCAUAUCUUGGUGGAAUUGGAGUAAGCAGUGCAGUUGUGUCUUUUAACGUAGCCCUUUAUUACAAUACUAUAAUAGCCUGGUGCCUCUUUUAUUUUUCUCAAAGCUUUCAAUCUGAAUUACCGUGGGCAGACUGUCCAAAUAAAUAUUUUCACAAUGGAUCUUAUAUUGCGGAGCCUGAAUGCGAGAAAAGUAGCCCAACUCAAUACUUUUGGUAUCGCACAACAUUAAUGAUUUCUGAAGACAUCAACACUCCAGCUGUGUUCAACUGGAAAAUUGCAUUGGCUCUUGUUAUUGCAUGGAUUUUAGUUUACAUGUGUAUGAUUAAAGGAAUAGCAUCUUCUGGAAAAGUCGUUUAUGUUACUGCUACAUUUCCAUAUCUUGUUUUAAUUAUAUUUUUUUUUCGUGGUGUCACAUUACCAGGGAUGUCAGAUGGUCUUCGUCAUCUUUUUACUCCAAAAUGGUAUACAAUAGCAGAUCCUGUGGUGUGGCUUGAAGCAGGGACACAAAUAUUUUUUUCUCUCGGUUUAGCGUUUGGUGGAUUAAUUGCAUUUUCUUCAUAUAAUCCUGUUAAUAACAACUGUUAUAGAGAUGCAAUAAUGGUCAGCUUAACAAAUUGUUUUACAUCGAUGUUUGCUGGAAUCGUUGUAUUCUCUGUAAUUGGAUUCAAAGCUACAAUGGUUUACGAAAAAUGUCUAGCUGAAAGGAAUAUGACACUAAUUAAUUACUUUGGUAGCGCAAAAGAAAUUCCAUAUGAUUUUCUUCCAGGAGCACCUUUGCAUUCAAUGAAUAAAUCUGACAUUAUUAUGCCGGAUCUUAUAGAAUGUGAUUUAGAGAAGGAAUUGGAUAAUUCUGCAUCUGGAACAGGUUUAGCAUUUAUUAUUUUUACUGAAGCAAUAAAUCAGUUUCCGGGAGCACAAUUUUGGUCGGUAUUAUUUUUUCUCAUGCUGUUUACUCUUGGUAUUGAUUCACAAUUUGGUACGUUAGAAGGUGUCGUUACGAGCAUCGUAGACUUGAAAUUAUUUCCAAAUUUGCGUAAGGAAAUUCUUACAGGUGGAAUAUGUUUGACCUGUUGUAUAAUUUCAAUGGCAUUUGCUCAUGGUGCUGGAAGUUAUGUUUUCGUUUUAUUUGACAACUUUAGUGGAAAUUUUCCUCUUUUAAUAAUUGCAUUUUUUGAAUGCGUGGGUGUAUCAUAUGUCUAUGGAUUAAAAAGAUUCGCUGAUGAUAUUGAAUUAAUGACAGGAAAUCGCCCAGGGCUGUAUUGGUUAAUAUGUUGGAAAUACCUGAGUCCACUGGCAAUGUUAAGUAUUUUAGUUGCUUCAUUUGUUCAAAUUUUAGUAGAAGGUAGUGGGUAUUCAGCCUGGAUUGCAAGUAAAGGUGAAACAGAAAGACAUGAAUGGCCAACAUGGGCAUUGGGUCUUAUUUUCUUUUUAAUAUCUGCAUCAGUUUUAUGGAUUCCGGCAGUCGCAAUUUUCCGUUAUUUCGGAAUCCUUAUUAUUGAUGACAAUGAAAAGGCGUGGUUUCCAGCAGAAGAUCUCCGAGAAUUCCAUGGAAUUAUGCCACAUGAAGUAACCAGAACAGAAACAUUGUUAUUUUGCAUUAGACCUGAUGGAUCAGAAGGUUUGUGUUGUCCUACAGGACAGAUGACUGAUGACGAUGGUGAUAUUAUAAAUAACGGUAAUUUACGUUAAUAAAUUUACAAUACAAUAGAGUACAACAGUUAUUGUUAUCGAAGGAUAAUGUAUAUUUUUCGCGUUAUUUGUUCGAACGAACCAUAUCACAUAUACUGCUAUAAAAUAUUAGAUGAUUGAGUAUGUCAUUUUAAUAGAAUUUUUAUUCAACUCUAGUCAUCACUUAUGAAAUUAUCAAAUUUACUGUGUGACGACAAUAAUUUAUGAAUCGUUCUUACGUAUGGUUCAUGAACUCAGACAAUAAUGUUAUAUCUAGUAUGAAAUUACUAACGACAAUAUGAAGGAUAAGAGAUAAACAGUAAAAUUAGAGUAGAAACCGUCCAUUUGGAGUUUUUACUAUUUGAAUCGAUUCGAAUCUAAUAAUAUAGACUUUGAAUUUGUCGAGAAAAUCAAGUUCUUUAUGAAUAAUCACAGAAAAAAAAAUAAUUGUUUAAUUGACUCCAUCUUUACUAAUGAUUUAUUUUAAAUGAGUUCAAGUCAUAUUCCUGCAUAUCAAUUUACGCAUAAUACUCUAACAGACAUAGACAAUUUUAAAUUUACAAUAUGUUUCUCAUAUGGAACAUAUCAUGGAAUAUCAAAUGUCUAUGCUGAUGUCAGAUUAACAAGAUUUUAAUAACCAAAUUCAAGUGUCAAUAAUUAAUUGCAAUGUUCUAAAAUUCAAAUAACUGUGAAAUUGCAUAAUCAAAAGAACAUAUCAUUCUGACAUCGAUACAGCAAUGCCUUUUUUUCUGGAGUUAUAAAAACAAAAUUGUUCAAUUAAAAGGUAUAAAUAAAUAUGUUUUUAUUCAUAUUUACAUAUAAACUCAUAAAAACAAGGUUUACUUUUAAUGAACUGUUAACAAAAGUAUAUAUUGUUUAAAAAAUUUUUACGUCAGAAUUAUAUUUUUAGUCGUAGCUUGAAAGUAAUUUAACGAUAAACAAAAAUAAUAAUACUUAUCCUUACAUGCUAUAUUAUAGAAAAAAAGGACUUCAUCUUAAUGACAAUAAAAUCAUAAUUAUCAUUCUUAGUUGUUAUAUUGUAUAUACAGAAGUAUAUGUAAGUUAUUCUAAAUACAACGUUUCUAAA